GGAUACUCUUGUUAUUUAGCCUAUCUUUGGUGAAGUUCGAUGACACUGAAACAACCGUACCUUUACAUCUCCACUGCCGCUGUGCAGGUAUACAAGGGAAGGAUGCCAAAUGGAAAGAAUGUGGCAGUCAAAGUGAUGCAGAUGACGCCGACAUGCAAUGUGCUGAAGGUGUUUAUCUCUGAGGUGGAGACGCUGUGCCGAGCUGAGCAUCGCAACCUUGUGGAACUGCUGGGGUGUGCAGCUGGAGAUAACAACCACCUGGUACUGGUGUAUGAGUACAUGCCACGUGGCAGCUUAAGAGACUACUUGCAUCAUCACAGUGGAAUUCGACCACCACCUCCCGUGGGACUUGUCCAAGAACAGCAUCUUGUGAAUCCUCCUGGUUAUAAAGGGGAAACCGUCGUCAAGGGUAGCAAAUGUUCGGUUUCGUCUUCUCAGACACUGUCCCAUUCAGACGAGCUCGAGCUCCCUCUUGUUGGAGAUGAAUGUCCUCCUAGUGAGAAUAUACUCCCUACUCUAGGAUGGAACAAGCGCAUGUCUGUUGCACUUGAUGUAGCACAAGGGAUCAAGUAUCUUCAUGUUGACUGUGUUCCUGCAAUCAUUCACCGCGACAUAAAGUCGAGCAAUAUACUUCUAGAUCAAGACUUUACUGCUAAGGUUGGCGAUUUCGGGCUGUCGAAACUGCUAGGAAAGGACAACUGGGACUCAGAGCACCAACAUGCAAGCACCACGAGUGCCGUUCGAGGAUCGCUGGGGUACGUUGACCCUUCUUAUGUCACAACCGGGAGAGUCACCCUGAAGAGCGACGUCUAUAGCUUUGGUGUCUUGCUCAUCGAGCUUCUUACAGGCCGCGAGCCUCUCGAUCCCACCCUACUGGCGAAUGAAGGCAAGGGGCUGAUUCGUUGGGCCCUGCCUCACCUGGAAAAUGGGUGCGCUGAACUUAUCUUGGACCCCUCUCUCAAAGGAAUGGCACCAAUUGGUGCUGUGAGGGAAGCUGGAAUCGUUGCUGCUGCAUGUGUUCAGCCACAAGAAUCCGAAAGGCCUUCAAUGGAGGAUGUUGUGGAACAGCUCAGACCCUUGGUUAAGUGGAAAGACACCUCUGGUUUAUACACGUCGAGUGUUAGCCCUCCUCCUGUUGAGGAGUCGUAUAUCUCGUCGGUUACCAUUGAGUCAUCCCACGGUUGGAGUUGCUCCGGAAGCGACUCUACAUUGAAGAAAGCUCCGCAACCGUCCAUUCAUUCUGCCGUGAGCGAGGAAUAUGACCACGAUGACGGAUGGAACUCGGAGAGCGAGACCCUCGUGGUCAAGACAAGCAAGGAGAAACUGGAGAGGAUGAUGAUGGUGCUAAUGACGAGCACCUUUGAUGAUAACCUAAUGAUGAUGAUGAUAAGGUCAGAAAAAGGUCGCGGUUGGGGCAAAUUCACUGCCAAGGAUGUGGCAGUUCAUAACAAGAGAGACGAUUGCUGGCUAAUCAUUGAUGACAAGGUAUACGAUGUGAGCAGUUUUGUGGAGUUGCAUCCCGGCGGAGACACAAUCCUUAGCAAUGCAGGUGGUAAUGCAACUGCAGGCUUUUAUGGGCCUCAACAUCCGUCUCAUGUCUUUGAAACCGUAAAAGACUACUGCAUAGGCGACUUGGUUGCAUCGUAGGGAAGGCGAUGGCCACUCCGGAAAUGCGAGCAUUGUACUCAUUGUGAAAAUUGCACAGGAGAACUCAGCAGGACACUCUUUGAGUGAACAAAAAAGAAGAAGAAGAAGAAAAAAGGACUCUCUUUGAGUGAAUGGAGCUCUGCAGCUUCGCUGCCGUGCCGCCGCUGUCGAGUGUUCCAGUCCCCCUCUCCCACCCUUCCCUCCCCCCCCCCCUCUCUCCUACUUGUAUGCACAGUGAGGGGUGGGUCCUUUCAUUAGUGGCGCCAAAGCAGGCAUGAUGCCCAACUUUUGAUGUUUGCCAGUGCUCAUUAAGUUGUGCAAAUCUAGGAACCGUAAGAAAUGUCUCUAAGAAUUUGAUCUGAUGGGAGCUGAGAGAAUCGUUUUUUCUUUCUCUUCCUUUCUUUCAUUUCUGUUAUCAUUCGAUGGUAGCAUUCAGAACAAGCCACUCUUAGCAUCCUACUUUUUUUUCACACUCUCCUUUCUCUCUGAGCUUCUUUCUCUGUUUCUUCCCCCUAACUCCCCCUAACUCCCCUCUCUCUCACUUCCUUUCUCAACCCCCUGUAUCUCCUUUGUGCCUUCUUUUUCAUCAAUGCGUUUGUCCGUGUUGUCACACUAUUGCAAGAACAAGUGCAUGAGGGAGUGAAGAGAUGCCAUGCAAGUAGGAGAGAGAGAGAGAGAGAGAGAGAGAGAGAGAGAGAGAGAGAGAGAGAGAGAGAGAGAGAGAGAGCAUACUGACCAGGACUUCUUUUUUGCGUGAAUGAUGAAGUGAUCGUGGUCGGAUAGAUUGUCCAAAGCCAUAGUGUGAAUCGGCUCUGCAAGUGGCUCAUUGUGAACAAGCAUGUCGGAGGCAGCGGCAAACAAUCCAUUGGAGUCGUCUUUCAAUGCUUCUUUCUUUCCCCCUCUGUGCCCCUACCUCCCUCUUCCUUUUCCUAUUUAUUUUCCUAACGAGUCACCUAUGGAAGCCUUGUUAAUACUCACAAGUAUUGAUACUAUGGAAUCAUGUAGCCGUAUCUUUAAAUUUAACAGCUUUUCAAUUUUGUGGUCCUUAAUAAUGGAAGAUAUGUAGUAUUGAAUCGCAUAAAAAAAAGAAAGAAAAAAGAAUCGCAUAGUACGUAUAGCCGUAUCUUUGAAUUUAACAGGUUUUCAAAUUUUUAAAAAAAAUUCUCUUUAAUAAUGGAAGAAUAUCCUAGGGAAUUUGGCACACUUGUUCCGGCAACGAAGACAGAAAGGAUGUAAACACGCGAAUGCCAGUUCUUCGCCAAUCCACUCUCUCUUUUCUUGUCCGCUCUGUUUCAUGGUCUCGGAUGUUCUGUCGAAUCAGUACGUGUCUGCAGGGCUUUCUAUCAUCUGAUAUCACAGUUUCAGGUCGUGAGUUGGUUUAUACCUCAUUAUGCUCAUAUACCUACAUAUUUUCUCAGGGAAUAUGUCUAUAUAUUGUCAAACAGAACUGCCUUUCCAUCCUUAGGCCAAUUAGAUUUUUCUAGUAGUUCCUUGUCUCAUUUUCAUGAAAUUUUCUGAUGAAGUUUUUUCUGAACGUACUCGUUAUGGGACGCUGGGCCCGGUUCCCAGUUUGUGCCAAUUUGUGAAGAUAUGGUUGUAUCUAUGGGACGCUGGACCCGGUUUCCAGCAUGUGCUGCUCCCCACCAAUACAUGGAGCUUGUUUUUGUGUAAAAAAAAAACAAAAACAAAAAAAAAAACGUAGGCAGAGGGGGAGGGAGAAGAGAAGAGGACAACAAACAAGGGAGGGGCUGUGACAAACUGUUCCGGCGGAAUUUCACAGACUCAUCAGGAGGCUGAACCCUCCGUGGUCUACAUAUAUCGAUAUAAUUUUUAUCAGCCGUGGGCUGUGGCCGACCCCAUCGUGGCCUUUUUUUCCCGUCCGAUCGUGGAUCUGGCGGCUGAGAUUCGUCCUCAGACGCUUUCUGAGAUCGUCAGGACUGGGGAGGGGGUACCGCGAUGGAUGCUGUGGGUUAAUGAACGUGGUCAUGUGGU